AACGGAAUUGAUAACGGAUUGGGUUAUUUCAUUUCAUGAAAAAGUUCACACAUUUUAGAUAAACGAUGAUUAUUUUGAAAAUUGCAGCCUUUUUUUUAUGCUUAAAGUUUGGAGUUUCGAGUAGACCUCUAGAACUCCAAUUUGUAUGUGAUUCUUAUCAUGAGUGCCUUGAUGAAAAAUCUCAAUUGAUUCAAAUGUGUAAUGAAAAAUCCCGCAAAUGGGAUCAGAAAUGUGCUCAGAAAAUGAAGAGUGACUUUAAUGGAAUUGUGAAGUAUGAGGAACUGAUCCGAAUUGAGCUGAAUCAGUGCAUUAAUGAAGAUUUGAAGGGAAGAAAUCAAUCUUAUAUCGAAAGUAAGGAUAAGAAUCGCUUCUGUGCUGAAUAUCUAUUCAAUCGUCAAAACACUGAUGGGGACUGUGCAAUUCGAAUUGCUCGUCUACAAAAUCGAUGUGACGCUAUCCGAAGAUGUUGUGAGCCAGCUGUGAGAUGCGAGCAGCAAGCAAUGUAUAGUGAAAAUGGAAGAACUUUGAGUGGAUUAAAAGAAGAAGUUGUAAUUAAAAUGGCAGAAUGUGCUCAACAUGAAGAGGAAAUCCGUCCUCACAAACCAGAAGAUUCGAAUUCACCGAAAAAGCAAAGAAAAAUUAAAAUCAUAGAAUCUCCACCAUUCUCCCUAUGUCUGAAAUAUCUUCAAUGCCAAAAAGAUGCUCAUCAGAUGCGAGUUAAUUGCUCAAAAACUUCAAAUGCCCACUCCAUCGACGGCCUGGAUUCAGAUGAUCUGUCAAGUUCAACGUGGCAAAAUUGUAAAAGCUCGUUGGAAGAAGACUUUUAUUUGAUGAACCAACGAAGAGAAGAAGCUUUUGCAUAUUUGGAUAAAUGUGUACCGAUUGCAAAUGUUACUCGUGAAUUUAUGAUAACUGAUCGAGUUUGUAGAGCAAGUACACUAAAAGAUAAGAAGCCAAGAAAAGAUCUUUUGAACUGUCAUUUUGAAGUUUCAAGAAAACGAAAAGAGUGUGCCCUGCUAAGAGAUUGUUGUGUUCAGGCGGAUGUAUGUGAACGGAGUGCUCUAUAUGCGGUGAUUUCCGACGAAUAUUUGCUCAGACGAACUCAACUUCGUGAAACUUUGGAUUCUUGUAUGAAUGAAGCAACUGACAAUGGGAAUCUAGUCGUUUAAACUAUCUUCUAUGAAAUUAUACUUCUUGUAAAAAUGUAUAUUACGUAAUAAAUUACACUUCAAUGUGAGAAGUAUUUUUU